AUGCCGAUCGCCGGGAAACGGGAAGCGGAGCGCGAACGGCCCCCGCGCACCGACACAAGUAGCGGCUCCGGUGCCCUACAGCCAGCAACCAGGGGAAGCAUCGGCUUGGACCUGGCAACGGCAGUAGACUGUACCCUAGUCGACACACGCCCGACCAGGAAUGCCACCACGAUAAACGGACCCCUGGUCAUUAACGGAUGUCAAGUCGGCGCAUUGUUAUUGGGACGAUCUAGUUCUGCAAUUAAAGGACUGAGCAUUGUUCCUGGCGUCAUCGAUGCAGACUACACUGGCACUAUUCAAAUCAUGCUGUACACCUUGUUCCCACCUAUCCACAUACCAGCUGGAAGCCGCAUCGCUCAAUUAUUACCGUACCCUCAUCUUACCGGUCACCUCCAGCCCCUGACACAGACAGAACGGGCGGCUCAAGGAUUUGGCUCUACAGGAACAGCUGCUAUGCUGACAAUGAACAUGAGGCACCGACCAGAAGUCACAGUAUGGACACUGGUGCAGACAUCACCAUAG